UCCUUGUACGUGCCUUCAAGUGAGCACCAGGGUCAAGAUGAUCUUUAAACUUUACUGUCGGCUCCCAACAUAUUAGUUUCUUAUGCUACAGAGGGAAAACUGAGGUUCAGUGAGUUUUAAGAAUUGUACUUAAGCUAGAGGCAUGACUUAAGUGGUAGAGCACUUGCAUAUCAAGCAUGAAGUUCAACCCCAAGUACCACCAAAGGGGGGAGGAUAUGGGGGGGGUGUGUGUUCAAGAGAUUACACAGCGAUAAAGGCUGUUCAGGGUGUGGAAGGAUAUGUGUUGAGGAACAGACUGAAGCUGGGAAAGAUAGAGCAGGAUGAGACUGAUAUGGGUGGAACUUAGGUUUAGUGGUGGCACCUAGGCUAUGGAAUGAAACAGAAGAAAUAGCCAAGAGCUGGGCCAUGAGGGAACAAGCUGGGGAGAUGGAGCGGAAGUAUAAUGCUGAUUAUGAUCUAUCAGCUCGGCAAGGAGCUGACACCUUGGCUUUCAUGUCUCUACUAGAGGAAAAACUGCUCCCGGUGUUGGUAAGUAUGUAUAGACCUCCCAGUGUUCACAGCCUGCAGGGAAGGGUCAGGCUGAUAUACCCCCACAGAGCACUGUGGGGGUCAGAAGCCUAUUCUGUGUCAGGCAGGUACACUAGUUCAGACAUCCCCUUCCUUCCUGCCUACCCAAUCCAGAUACAUACUUUUUGGAUAGACACCAAGAACUACGUAGAAGUGACCCGGAAGUGGUAUGCAGAGGCUAUGCCCUUUCCCCUCAACUUCUUUCUACCUGGCCGCAUGCAGCGGCAAUAUAUGGAGCGGCUGCAGCUGACGAAUGGGAAGCCCAGUCCUGAGAAUGAGGAAGAAGUGGAGAAGGAGCUGUACCAAGAGGCUCGGGAAUGCCUAACCCUUCUCUCUCAGCGCCUGGGCUCUCAGAAGUUCUUCUUUGGAGAUGCCCCUGCAUCCUUGGAUGCCUUUGUCUUUAGCCACCUGGCACUGCUACUGCAGGUAAAGAUGCCCACUGGGAAACUGCAGAUACACCUUCGGGGGUUGCAAAACCUCUGUGUCUACUGUUCCCACAUUCUUAGCCUCUACUUUUCCUGGGAUGGAGGUAAGGAGCAGAUGGAGGGGGCAGUCUUGGGAAGAAUGCCUGGGAUCCAGGGACUAGCUCCCUGCCCACUUUCCUUUUCUUGUUCCUCAGCUGCAGUGCCACCUCCACGUCAGACACCAGCAGCCCCAGAUACUGAAGAGGAGCCAAACCGGCGCCGGAACCAGAUCCUGUCUGUGUUAGCAGGGCUGGUAGCCAUGAUGGGCUAUGCCUUGCUCAGUGGAAUCAUCUCUAUCCAGAGGGCAGCCCCUCCUCAUACCCCAGGCACCCGGGCCCUGGACAUGGUUGAGGAGGAUGAAGAGGAAUGAUUUGUCCUCAUGCUCUUAGGACUGGUUUUUCAAUUGUGCAUUCCAUAGGUCUCUCUGGCUCCCCAUUGUUGAGACAGCCAGAAAUGGGUACUCCCCACCCCUAGAAUAAAGCCGCUCGCACUGAC